AUGCCAGACCUGUGGAGAGCAAUCGCUAGGGAGACCCUUCUGGGCUAUGUCUCUUGGUCUCUCUACCAUGGGCUGGGGCCCAUGAUCUAUUACUUUCCCCUGCAAACGCUGGAGCUCACCGGGCUGGAAUUGUUUGGUGUCGCGUUUCUCUCCCCGAUACUCUUAAUAAUCCCUCCAAUCUGGAGACUCGUUACUAAGAAGUGGACACUCUCUCUGCUGAGGAUCGUCACUGUCGGCAGCAUAGCUUCCUUUGAGGCUCCGAAUGCCAAGCUUCGAUUGGUGGUUCUUGCUCUUGGCGUGUCUUCUUCGCUGAUAGUGCAAGCUGUGAGCUGGUGGACAGGAAGUGGAUUGCAAAGGUACCUCAAACUCUGGGGAUUCAUUCUGGGACACAUGCUUCUUGUUGUCCUCCGGAUAUGGUACACAUCACUGAACCCGAUUUGGAGUUAUCCAAUGUCCAACAGAGUGAUCCUGACAUUGAGCGUCAUAGCUAUGUUUGACUGCAUUGGCACAGAUGGUUACUACAGUACCUCUGAGGGAAAGAAGCCCAGCGAAGUCACCAAGGGCGUGGCUUCUCGACGUAGCUGGCUGUUGCCAGGUGCCGCCUUUGGGAGCCUCAUGUUCCUCACUCACUGGAUCUUUGGAGAGGUCUCUAUUGUUUCCAGAUGGGCAGUGAGUGGUCACCCUCAUCCAGGGCCCGAUCCUAACCCAUUCGGAGGUGUGGUUCUGCUGGGCUUGGCCAGUGGAUUGAUGCUUUCAGGUUCAUCAAGGCUUUGUGACGCUGGGCUAGCCUGGUGGGCAACAGGAGCAGCUUCAGCCAUGGGUCUCCUUUACCUGCAUACGUGGGCAGCAGCUGUUUCUGGAUGUGUACUGGCCGUCUUCACGGGGUCCGUGUGGCCUCAAGUACUUGGACACCUUGUAAACUCUGGGACAAACCCUGGGGAAACCAUGACCACAGGCAUGAUCACUUAUCUUUUAGAAAUAUUUUUCUGUGCCUGGUGCACAGCUUUCAAGUUUGUUCCUGGAGGUGUCUACGCUAGAGAAAGAUCGGAUGUGCUUUUGGGUGGGUCUACUCUCUCGGGCUCUGCUCUGUCCGGUGUCCUGCUUUUUUCUCACUCCAGCUUGCUCGGGUCACGGCUUCACUGUGCUGCCCCUAGAGCUGGAGUUUGUCCGCCCCCUGCUCGGAAGUCUUUGGUCUUCCACUCUGAAGAUUCUGACUUUCUCGUUUUGUGGCUGCUUGUUGGUGUGGGGUUGUUAGGAUUAGGACUACGGCACAAAACCUAUGAGAGAAAACUAGGCCAAGGGGCACCAGCAAAUGUGGUCUCCGCUGCCAUCUGGCCUUUUCGGUUUGGCUAUGACAACGAGGGAUGGUCGAAUCUAGAGAGGUCCGCUCAGCUGCUCACGCAGACGGGUGCGGACUUUAUUACCAUUUUGGAGAGCGAUGCUUCUAAGCCCUUUAUGGGGAACAACGACCUAACCAUGUGGCUGGGGGAGAAGCUGGGCUUCUAUACGGACUUUGGGCCAAGCACCAGAGAUCACACUUGGGGGAUUAUGGCGCUGUCCCGGUACCCAAUUGUGAGAUCGGAGCAUCACCUUCUUCCGUCGCCAGAGGGCGAGAUUGCACCAGCCAUAACUCUGACUGUUAACGUCUCCAACAAACUGGUGGACUUCGUGGUGACGCAUUUUGGGAAUCAUGAGCCUCGACCUACUAAGUUCCCAUACCUCAACAUGGCCAUAAUGGAGUCCAGGCUCCCAUCCCAGGACAGAUAUUAUGGGAUGGAUAUUGACAGCUCAGAUCAAGACAGAUGGUGUGAAUACAUCAUGUAUCGUGGCCUGAUCAGGUUGGGUUAUGCAAGAAUCUCUCAUGCAGAACUAAGCGACUCUGAGAUUCAGAUGGCCAAGUUCAGGAUCCCGGAUGAUCCUGCCAAUUACAGAGACAACCAGAGAGUGGUCACAGACCACAGAGGACUUCCCGAGAGCAUUCAUUUCAACCCCAGGUUUGGCUCCUACAAAGAAGGACACAAUCAUGAAAACAACCAUCGUUUUCACAUGAACACUCCCAAAUACUUCGUCUGAACCCUUUUAGACAAGGAGUCGUCGUUGGCUGGGGCAAGUUUGUAACAGCUCAAAGAAGAGUUGAACGAGAAUGGCAGGAUACACGUGAUGAACCUCAGGAGUUAGAAAGGGUGACAUCAUGCAGCGGGAAUCCCAUCAAUUUAUAAGCCAUGCUGCUUAAUAAAGGCAUCUCUCUGAGUUACUUUUA